CAUUGACAGAGAUAAUGUCAACAACACAACAACUUAUGAUGGCAAAAAAUCGCAACGGAACGGAAUAAACAAACAAUAAUAAACUUAAUACAAUAAGUUAAAGCAAAAUGAUUAUAUUUCUAAGUGAAUUGCAGAAGGACCACCUGAAUUUAGUCAUUAAACAAUCACCUCAAGUUUUAGUGGACUUCUGUAAGCUAGCCAUUGAUUACCUGAGUAAUGGAAUCAAUCAUGCAAAAUAUUCUACUGCAGCAAAUAAAUUUGAUACUUCCAUUACUAAUAUCCAGAACUUGGUACAUGCAAUAGUUUUUCUUCUUGUUGAAGGAUCUAAGCACAAUUUAUCAGAUUGUGACUUCAAGUCAUCUCUGGCUAUAGCUGGGUUUCCUGCGGAGCAUCAAGAAGUGUUGAUCAAACUUUAUAAUACUAAGAAGUCUGAAAUAUCAGAGUGCCUGCAUGUACUGCAGCAGGCUGAUCUGGUUUAUCAAGACUUGACUUGGCGAAUGGAGGUUGAGGUGGCCUCCAGGUUCAACAAUGAGACUGUGAAACCAAAUAUUUCAAUGGAUUUUGUUCUGAUGAAGCCUAAAAAAAUUGUUCCAGAGAGUGCUUUAAAUUGUGUUGAUUUUAAUAGUACUAAGAAAGAAACUUCAAUAAUGGAACUGGAUAUUAAUAAGUCAGUGGAAGAGGCCACAGCUGCCAGUCAGUGUCAGAAUGUCAUCAGUCACAUACUGCUGCAGUGUGAUCUACCUAAUCUGCUGCAUUUGACCAACCAACUAGACCAAGCACUGAAAGAAUCUAAAAGCCAGCAUGUCCGUAAGGUUAAAAGUGCCCUGAAUUAGCCCAGGUUAACCUGUCAUGUCCUGGGAAAUUAUAGACAGUAAAAUAAUUCUGCUGUGUAAAAUGUGUUGCCAAGUGGAUGUCAAGUAAUCAGGAGUGCAUUGCCAUAUUUUAUCUGUUUUUGCACCUAACUAGGUAUAUCUUAUUAAAUAAAUUACUUUACAGUCGUCGAAAUCUAAUAGGCCUGUUUUGACAGCUACACAAA